AUGGUUCAUGGCCACAAGUUCAAAAGAAAUGAUGAUGACACUCCUGUUCCUCUUGGAAGAAAAUCAAUUCAGGCUUACAUUAAGAUAAUAACAGAUAUUUAUUACAAGCAAGUAGCUUUGGACUUGAACAAGAACCCCCAUUUUAGAGGACCAAUUGUAAGACAGUUUCUAGACACAAACACGAAGAAGGAAACAAAGCACAAGAGAGUCAAUCAGUACUUCCUCGAGCAAAAUAGUACAGUGAGAGUUAGAAAUCGUCUUUGUUUUCUAAUGAGUCAUGCAAUGUUUUUCAGAAGUGAAACUGCCCUUGGUACUCAAUAUCCCGACCUUUUCAAAAUGGAACUAAAAGAUCAAGGUACACUGACCUUGAAUAAGUUUACGUAUAUUACCAAAAAGAAAAUUUUGAGAAAAAGUACCCAUUGUUGUUUUUAUUUAUUUUUUCAUUCUUCUUCUCAAUCAAAUCUUUUCAUGUCUCCUAAAAUUAUUAAACAAUCUCGUAAAAAGAGUCCCAAACUUUCAGGUUACAUGAAAGGCAAGAUUGUGGAUACUUAUGACUUUGGAAUUUCUAUGACUAAGAUUGUGUGCAAGUAUGAGCUACCCUACACAACAGUGAUAGCAACCAUUGAGAGAGUGAAGAAAACGGGUACUGCCCUUACCAAAAAAACGUGA